AGAAAUAUCCAGAUGAAACCAGAUGAAAAAGCAUUUUAACAAUACUCCUAAACAACUGCUGGGACCACGGAACUCAGAAACACAGCAAGCGAUCAUACUGGAAAUAUGGCCCAAAGUGACUUCCUCUACCCAGAUAACCCAAAGAGGCGGCAAGAAGUAAAUCGUCUUCACCAACAGCUCCUUGAUUGCUUAUCUGACAGCUUCGAUGUCACCAAUAAGCUGACUGAGGUUCUAAAUACACACUUGGGGUGCAGGCUGGCCUCCAUUGAGAUGAAAAGAGAUGGGACCAUCAAAGAAAACUGUGAUAUCAUCAUCCAAGCCAUUAGGAAAAUCCAAAAGGAAUUGCAAAAGGUUGAUGAAGCACUAAAAGACAAGCUAGAGCCAACCCUCUAUAGAAAACUUCAGGAUAUUAAGGAAAGGGAAACAGAGAAAAUUGCAAUAGUGCAAAAGGUUAUUUCGGUCAUCCUGGGAGAAGCUACAUCUGCAGCCAGUGCAGUCGCUGUUAAACUUGUGGGCUCAAAUAUCACAACUGGCAUAAUUAACAAGUUGGUCACUGUGUUAGCUCAAAUUGGUGCUUCUCUCCUUGGUAGUAUUGGAGUUGCUGUUCUUGGCCUUGGCUUAGAUAUGAUUGUCCGUGCCAUCCUGGGAGCAGUGGAAAAAACACAGCUUCAAGCAGCCAUCAAAAGUUAUGAGGAGCAUCUGGUGGAAUUCAAGUCAGCCUCAGAAAAAUAUAAUCAUGCCAUUACUGAGAUCACCAAUACAGUGAAACACCAAAUGAAAUGAACAGCCAUCUUAUUUGCCACUGAAGUGUUUUUCUGCUUCCUUUUCAGUAACAGUGUUUGCUUCCUUAAACCUAAUCAGGUUCAUUUUCUAUAGGCUUCCAAUAUGGACUUAAAUAGGAUAAACAAUUUGGAGAGGGAAAUUGGGGAUGCCAAGACUAGAUGACUAGAUGAGUUUAGAGCCAAUGCCUGGAUGAGUUGGUACUAGCCGCUAUGAGGUUAAAAAAAAUUACCUCCCUGUAUGUUUUCACACCCUGCUCUACCAGAUCAACAUUGGGGUACACGCUAUCAUAGAGUAGCAAGUAUAGAGGUUACUUUUUCCUUUUCUGAUUUCAUUAAAAUUCUUAAAUUU